CGCUGUUGGCGCAUCAGUCGCGGCCGAGCGGUGGAUGGGGUGGGUCUGAGGUGCCCGGUGUGAGGAGAACGACGCAUCCGCUGGCCGACCUGAUUUGUGACGCAGCGUGAGGAGGCGUGUGGGAAGGUCAUCUUCAACUUCAGGCUGCCAUGGGGAACAAAGCCAGCACCGCAACCCAGUGGGAGGUGCCCAACAGCGACACUGGAAGCCUAGAUCAUCGCAGUCAGCAAGGGCCAGCAGCGCACGUGGAACGCUGGGCUGAACAGAUGGAUACGUUGAACGCCGCCAGAGAGCGACAGGCGGUGAUCCAGGAGGCAACAACUGUGGGCCGCCGGGUCACGCCUCACAUCACGUUUAACCCGCCCGCUCCGUCCGUCCCUCCCGCCCGUCCAGCCCCGCCCGCCCCACGGGCCCCCCGCCUGCCCGAGCUCUGCUCCCGCCACGGCUCGCGCGAGGGCUGCGUGGACGCCAACUGCCGCCGACUGCACCUCUGCCAUCUCUUCCUGGCGGACAUCUGCAAGUUCGGCGACGCCUGUCGCAACGGACACUCGCUGACCACAGUGCAUAACCAGGUGGUGUGCAACAGGUUUGGACUUGACACCAGCCGGGAGCUGGCGGCUGUUCAAAUGCUGCGACUUGCCUUUCAAGAAACUGGCCGCAUGCCGGAUGAAAUCCGUCACAAAUAUCUGGACGUUUGCUACAAAGCCGGUUCACCGAACCCAUGCCAGGAGCCUCUUUGCAACAGGCUGCAUAUUUGCAGAAUGUUUGUAACGGGAAGGUGCAACCGACCUGCAUGCAAGCAUGGACACGACCUUCACACCACGCACAAUAAUGACGUGCUGAGUCGUCAUAAGGCGACCAGAUUGAGUGAUGCUGCGAUUUUGGACCUCCUUCGCGAGAAAUGCUCUGGCCGACGUCAGGUACAACAUCGUCACAAUGGUGUCAAAGUGUUAUCAAAAGCCCAGCGGGAGACAACGUUUUUCUACUCUAACGUUGGAGAGAGAGAGAGAGAGAG